CCCGCUCCUUCCCUGCUUCCAUAUAACUCCACGUCCUCCGUUAUAAACCGUUUUGUUACACUAAAGGCCACCGAGGGGCCGAAAGAAAGACGAAUAUACAUAAAUUGACAUCACUAAACAUCGAUAUCAAUUUAUCGACCCAUCGAUCACACUUUUAGUGAAUGUUUAGCCGAGUUAUAGCGCUAUGGCUUCCUUAUUUCAUUCCCCAAAUCGAUCUGGAUGUACGAAGUAUACAGGCUCCAGUGUACGUCCACAACCUUAUAGCGAUAAAACAAUGAUGGAAAGUGUUGUGAAUUUCAUAUCUGAUGUCGUCCCACAGGCUUAUGGAAAUGCACAGAAAACAGAUGACAGGGAAAAAGUGCAGUGGGUUCGCUUUGAACAAUGUGACGCCAAUGAUUUCAGCAGAAAUCCAGAUUUUGCUCACCUCGAUGUAAAAGUUGGACCUCUUGUUAUCAUUCUGGGAUAUACAAACGGUGUCCAGGUUUGGAAUUUAACUACUAAAGGAGAAGCACAGGAGGUGAUGUCGAUCCGUCAGGGCCCUGUUCGAGCAGUGAGGAUCUUGCCGACCCCUGUACCUGUUUUUGAAGAAGUUGACAGCUUCGCAAGCAAGCGGCCAUUGAUGGUGAUAUGCGAUUCGUCAAACUCAUGUCAAUCCUAUUGCUCUGCAAGAUUAGUGUCAUUGAAAACCGGUGAAGAAUGCCACAGUUUGUCUUUUAAAACGCUGCCAAUACAAAAUGUUGAAUGCAAUGCUCGGGUUGUUAUAACAGUUUUUGCAGAGAAAAUGGCUGUUUUUGAAGCUUGCCAAUUCCGUCAACUAUUUUGGAUCACAAACUGCUAUCCUUGCCCAGGACCGAACAUCAACCCAAUUGCAUUAGGGGCACGCUGGUUAGCAUAUGCAGAUAAAAGAUUGGUGUCGGUGCAUCAAUCUUGUGGUGGUAUGUCUGGAGAUGGAUCACAGUCUUACGCAGCUACAGUUAUCAAUGCUGCAAAGAGUAUUACAAAAGGAUUGACGAUGUUUGGAGAAGCAAUGGUCAGCAGCGUUACAGGGAAAUCUCCGACUUCUCACACGACAAAAAAGGCCGAUCCGUCAUUUGUUAUCGACAACGGAUUACGUCCAGGAAUUGUUUCUGUUAUUGACACUCAGACAAUCCGAGGGGAACAUUUUUCUGUAUCAGAAGAUUCGGAUUGUGAAGGACUGAUGGCACACUUCCAUGCUCAUGCUAAUGAACCUGUUGCGGCGAUGGCCUUUGACCCUACGGGCACUUUACUCUUAACGGCAUGCAAACUUGGACACAACUUUCAUGUGUUCCGUCUUAUGACUCAUCCUUGUGGUUCAUCUCUUGGCGCUGUUCAUCAUUUAUAUACGUUACAUCGAGGUGAUACAACUGCCAGGGUUGUUGACAUGGCAUUCUCUCUCGAUAGUCGGUGGGUUUCAGUCAGCACCCAUCGUGGGACGAGUCAUAUCUUUCCAGUAACAAGUUAUGGAGGCCCUGUGUCUAUUCGAACACAUUGCAACGCACGUGUUGUGAACAGGAUGAGCAGGUUUCAUCGGAGUGCAGGCUUGGAUGAAAUUGAACGCACAGCAACAGGGCGGCACAGCCCUGUGCUGUCAGGGAGUCCAAGUGCUACGGCCGGAGUUCAAGAAAUUUACCCCAGUUUUGCACGACAGAAUGCAUUGAACAACAACUUUGGGAACCCUCGCUUGCCUCCUUAUCCUCACUCCAUUCCGAUUCACGCUUUGGCGCAGGUAAAACAACCAACCCCUGCUUUAUCUGGUAUAACCACAACAGUGACAAGUCCGCGAAGUACUAAUUUAGGGCCUCAGUCUGGUUUAGCCGUGGUCGAUCAGGUCGUAUCUGUAGUAGCCUGCUUUGCCAGUCCUCGAUGCUGUGUGGGUUUCACGCCACCAAUACCAAUUGAACGCAGAGAAGGAAAGAAACCUUUCACGUCAUUAUACAUUCUGGGCCAUGAAGGGCUUCUCACCGAAUACGUCCUGGAACCCCGCCCUAAAGCCGCAGCGACGGACAAAAUAUCUGAUGACACACCGCUAGAGCUUGUUGUGAUUGGACAAUUUCAGUGGCCUCUCCAGAGGUUAAAAUCUUCUCCAGAGCUUCUUGCCCCCCUUGCUUCAAAUAAUCCGCUUAUCUCUGCCUCUACAGCUGUUUCAACUCGUCAACCUUCCAUGCAAAUUGAUUAUGCAGAGCCUUGCCAGGUCACACGUCAUGAUUCGAAAGACAGCCUCUCUUCUGAGCAGUGCAAUAAAGAAGAUACAGAUGAAAUAUGGCUUCCACAGGUUGAAAUGAUUACACAUGCGGGCCCACACCGCCGUCUAUGGAUGGGACCACAGUUCUCAUUUAAAACAUACCAGAACAGUCAUUUUACCACAGUCCUUUCAUCAAAUUCAUCAGCGCUGCUCUCACAGAAUCCUGAAUCACAAUACUGUUCUGAAAUGAGUGGCGAAGAUCUUUAUGAUUUGCAGAGUUUAACGAUCCAGCCUGCGCGGUCAAGUCCUGUUGCAAUGCCAAACACGAGGCCAGCUUACCGAAGGUCGUCGGGGUGUGACAACACGAUGCCAACGAACCGAGGGUCGACGUCUUCACCAUUGCUAAUAGAAGCUGGAAGCUUCGAGCAGUCUCCACAUCUUAGUGAUGUCUAUGGCUAUUGGACAGAAUCCGAAUUAUCACGACUCCCCCGAGGAAAUACGGAAAAUAGUGAAGAAGAUGACGACCGCUUGCGCGAACACAUUGCCGAGGCCAUGCUUGAGUCUCCGCAUAGAGAUUGCGGAGGACCUACUAGUCUCCGAGAAGGUGGUACUUUCGACAAAGCAGAUGUAGAAGACAUAUCA